AUGGCUAAAUGCUAAUUGGUUGUCCUCCUUCCACAUUCCUCUCCUUCCAGGAGGCUUCCAUUUUCUGUAUAUUUUAUACCACCAUUGAUUUCAUAAACCCUACUUGUACCUCAUGCAUCAAUGCUUGUACUCAUCUCCUCCUAUGGAUAAACUCUGCUUCACUAUCUAUAUAUGAACCCACUGACUCACCUAUUCUGUUUCAUACUUCAAACCUCAAAACUUCACCAACUGUACUGUCAUUUCUGUUGGUGUUCUCUAUGGACACUCUAUAUGCAACUGCUAUGAACAACUAUAUCAACAGCUAUAACCACCAUUCGGUUCAACCGUCUUUUGACCGAACCCAUGUGAAUUGCCACGACUUUGAUCCGACACCCAUGUCUGAUCAGGAUCCCUCCCCCUCUGUGGUUGCAGAGGGGGAUGGUUCGGACAAUCAGGAUCACUAUGACUCGGUCCUCAAGUUCCUGAACCAGAUGCUCAUGGAAGAGGAUGACUUGCAGGAAAAGCCAUGUAUGUACAACGAGUGUUUGGCGCUACAAGUUGAAGCAGCUGAGAAGUCGUUGUAUGAUGUGCUCGUCAACAACCACCCGGCAUCGUCCCAGGAACAAAACCUAUUUCCUGCUUGUCAAAAGAUCCCACUGGAUUAUUCAGCGGGACCUACGAGCAGUGAAGGAAGCAGUAAUAACUUCUCUACGGUUUCUUUAAUCGAUAACGGUGGUUAUCAUAACUUGAAUAGUAGCAGAAAGAGAAGUCCUUCCGGAGAAGAACUGCGAGAUGCGAAACUGGCAAUGAUCUCGGAAGUAGAUUCGGAUCAGCCAGAACCGUACGAGGAAGAUCUGCUGCUAUACGAUCACGAACCUCAAUGGUUCUCUUCAAGCGAAUUGGGCAAAAAGAUGAAUGAAUCAUCGAAAAGAGGAAGGCCAAGAGGGAAGAAAAACACAAUCACUCAAGAAAUCGUGGUCGAUUUGCGGGAUCUGCUAACUCAAUGUGCCCAAGCAAUCACAAACAACAAUCCUACUUCUGUUUGUGAUGUAUUGAAGAAAAUCCAGCCGCAUUGUACGCCAUAUGGAGAUUCUACAGAAAGAUUGGCGCAUUAUUUCGUAAAAGCGAUUGAGGCCCGCUUAGCUGGCAAUGGGGCCGAGAUUUAUAGGGCGUACAAGCUGAAAAAAAUAUCGGCCGCUCAGAUCCUAAGGGCACACCACUCUUACAUGAUGGCAUGCCCAUUUCACCGAAUGUCAAACAUUUUAGCAAACGGGUCGAUUGAGAAACUAUCCAGAGGCAAACAAAAGCUUCACAUUAUAGAUUUCGGAAUUUUAUACGGGUUCCAGUGGCCGUGUUUUAUCAAGAAUUUAUCUAUGAGACCUGGCGGCCCACCCAUGCUCCAGAUUACUGGCAUUGAUCUUCCACAACCAGGGUUCCGCCCAGCAGAACGUGUUGAGGAGACCGGUAACCGCCUUGCAAAAUACUGCAAGAGGUUUAACGUGCCAUUUAAGUACAACGGGAUCGCAAUGAAAUGGGACGAGAUUAGAAUCGAGGAUCUGAAGAUCGAUAAAAAUGAGUUGACUGUGGUCAACUCUAUCAACCGGCUGCGGAAUAUCCACGAUGAGACAGUAGUGGAGAGCAGCCCGAGGGAUUCAGUCUUGCAGUUAAUCAGGCAGAUCAACCCAGACAUGUUCGUUCUCGGCAUUCUCAACGGGACCCACAAUGCCCCGUUCUUACUGAACCGGUUCCGAGAGGCGCUCUUCCACUUCUCCACUCUGUUCGACAUGUUUGACAACACGACGGAUCGACAAAGCGAACACCGGUUUUUAUACGAGCAAGAGGUGUUCGGAAGGGAAGUGAUGAAUGUGGUAGCAUGUGAAGGGACGACUAGAGUAGAGCGGCCAGAGACGUAUAAACAGUGGCAAUCAAGGAACGUCCGAGCCGGAUUCCGGCAGGUCCCGAUGCUCCGUGACAAGGUUGAAGAAGUUACGAGUAAGGUAAGGAUGAAUUACCACAAGGACUUUCUUGUGGAUGAAGAUGGCAAAUGGAUGUUGCAAGGAUGGAAAGGGAGGGUUCUUUAUGCUUGUUCCUUAUGGAAACCCGCAUAAUAGAAACAAACUCCAGAUGCAUUUUUAAAAUUCUUUUUCGUAAUCUUUGUUUUUUUUGAAAUUUUAGUGUAAACCAAGAUCAGAACUCUUCCAAA